CCGAUGUGGUAGUGUGUUAUGACACAACUGACAUGAGCCGAUCGUCGUGCUUAAGCAGAGAAUAAAAAAGUUUACUGACUUUUUUCUUCUAACUCUCCAUACAUACCAUUGAUAGUAGUAUUGAAUGUGUGGUUAUGUCAACAUUUUUCGGAACAUUUCGAUUUUGUUAGAUAGUUUAAAUCACGUACAGGAGCCGUACGACUUUUAUCUGGAGGACAUUUAAAUAAAAAAAGAAAUUAAUCCCAAUGUAAUUAUUUCAUUCGGUGUAUAUUCGUGUUGAAAUCGGAUAUAAUUUAAAUUAAAUCUGGAAUAAAAUCGAUUACUUUUGUUCUUAUCCAUGGUUCAUUCAGAACCAUGUACGAGAUUUACCAUCAAAUAUAUAUCAUUUAUCAGCAGUAAGAACAAAAAUUAGCUAAAAAAAAAGAAACGAAAUGGGUAACGUGUUAGCUGCAUCACAACCUCCACCACCGUUGCCACCAUCACCAGCUGGGUUGGUGCCAAAUCUAGCAAAAGAACCAUCAUCGUCGUCAUCAGAGAAUGCUAUACCAGCACAAACAGACAGCUUUUUCAAUGUGAGCGAUCGUGAGAAUCCGGGUACAAUUGAAGACCUACACAAAAAGUGUAAAGAUGUGAUGCCAACGAAUUUCGAGGGCGCAAAACUGAUGAUUCAAAAGGGUUUGAGCGCCCAUUUUCAAGUGUCACACACAAUCAAUUUGUCAUCGACAGCACCAAGUGGCUAUAAAUUCGGUGCCACAUACGUUGGCACAAAGCAAUUGUCACCGACCGAAGCAUUUCCAGUGGUUUUGGGCGAUAUCGAUCCAUCGGGCAACAUGAAUGCUAACAUCAUACAUCAAUUUAACCAAAAUAUACGCUGUAAAUUCGGUUCGCAAAUACAGGAUAACAAAAUAUCGGCCGCUCAAUUGACUACGGACUACAAAGGCAGCGAUUUCACGGCAUCACUUACUCUCGCCAAUACAGAUUUAAUCAAUGAGUCCGGUGUUGCGGUCGCUCAUUAUUUGCAAUCGGUAACAAAAAGUUUGGCGCUCGGUGGUGAAUUAGCUUAUCAAUAUGGUCGAGCUGUUCCUGGCGGUGAAAUUGCUGUUAUCUCGGCUGCGGCACGCUAUCAAAACGGUUUGUCCACAUGGUCGGGAACGGCUGGAUUGGCCGGUGUUCAUGUGUGCUAUUAUCGCAAAGCCAGCGAGCAGCUACAGUUUGGAGUUGAAGUGGAAACCAAUUUCCGUGUACAAGAGGCCGUUGGCACAUUUGGCUAUCAAAUCGACUUACCAAAAGCCGAUCUAGUGUUUCGCGGAAUGUUAGAUACAAAUUGGAAUGUGGGCGCUGUGCUUGAAAAACGCUUAUUGCCAUUACCAUUUACUCUCGCCAUUAGUGGUCAUUUGAAUCACGUUAAAAAUCAACAUCGACUGGGCAUUGGCAUGAUCAUUGGUUAGACAGACAAACAUACAGACACAGAAGAAAAAGAACGAAAGUUUAACAAGAAAUAAAUGAAAAGAAUAAAUGUGCGCGCAAAGACAAGAUCAAUCAAUCUUAUUAGAAAAGAGAUGAUUUAAAAAAAAAAAUGUUCAGUCAAAUUCUUGUUUUGUUGUUUGAAAAACGCAUUUCCCUAAGAUUAAAAAAAAAGAAAAAAACUAAUAAACAAAUUGAAAAAAAAAACACAAUAGAAUCCAAAACGACUACUGAAUCCUAUAUACAUAUAUUAUAUCGUUCAUUUAAGCAUUUCCAUGGAAAGUUAUUUUAGAAGGAACACACAACGCUUGAACGAAAGAAGAAAAAAAAACUUUGGCUUUUGAAAAAUAUGCACGUUUAUUUGCUGUGUGCAAACCAGAGUUCAAUUCAUAAAAUUGCUUCUAAAUACAUGUACAAAUUAUUAUAAAGACGAAAGAAUCAGCAACAUUUACUUUGUUAAAUAUCGGAGAAAAAGAAAGAGAAACAAUUGUAAUUUAGAAUGGAGAAGAAAAUAAAGCUCAUCUCUUCGAACAUUA